AUGCGCACGAACAGACAUUUUUUUCUUAACAUUGUCAAGGAUCCUGUGCUCAGCAUCGACCAGGAUGAGGCGCACAAUAAAGUCGUAGCCUCGGAAGGUGUUGAGCUGAGUCCUGCCUUGGGGCUGUUUGACAGAACUGAUUUGCUUCCCUCAGCUAUGGGACUUUUUGCAUGGUUUCUCAAAAGGCCCAAAAAAAUACACGCCAGACAAUUCUCCACUAUUGAUGGGCUAAUCGCCCAUCUCAGAUCGCGAAAGAAGAGGACAGACGGCAUCACGUGCCUGACGCGCAUGGAGCUCCGCGAGAAGGAUUGGUGUCCAAGAGUUGCUGUGCCGUGUCGAAAAAUUUGCGAGCUACAGGAGCGGGUUGUAAGCGCGGACAACUUUAUCUUGUCCUGGAUGUCUUGUGACUGUAUCCGAGGGAUAGAGAUGGGUACAGACAAAGAGAAGCUGCAAUCGGAGCCGCGUAAACCAGCCCACCUUCGACACUGGCCGGGAUUGACGAGUGGCAAAACGCGGGCUGGUCACGAAAUUCCAGGCGGUUACUUUCUCCGGCCAGUCAAGGAUGCAUGA